UCUCAACACGGAGAAAACAACAAUGAGCGACCAUUCGCGGCAUGAAGGUAGGUCAACAACUUGUAUAGUAUUACAUCUCGAGAUUCUCUCCGCCGGUCCUUCAAGUUUGAGGGAAUUUGCUGGGUUAAUGUAGAACCGAAAUUUCGACUCGGGAUUUCGAGGGUUGGUUGGGCAAUCUACCCGGCACUAACUAAAACAGUCGCUACGCUCCUGAGACUGAGGGGCCAAGGGGGGAAGGGUGGUUGUGUGGAAGUCGAAGGUUGAAGGAUACAGCGAUAGAUAACAACGGUGGGCACACACAGUCCAUGCAUGUACGUGGCUGUUCGCGUAGCGAAAAUUGUGCGCCGGUAUGUCGGCGAACGCCGGGACGUCGGCGACUACCGCAACCCCCGUGGCGUGGCCCUGACGAAGGCACGAGGGUUGGCAGUCGCGUGUUCCCGUCGUCACGGCGCGGCCAGCCAGCCGCACAGCGUAAGAAUGUAAUCGGCUCACCGGAGUGUUCCUCGUUCGCACGUUCGUCGCCGCUCGUCGUCCGUGAUGGCACGCGAAAUUCCGUAACGUCGUCGUCGGGCAGAGCAUCGUUGAGCAUCGGCGCGCAAAUGGCGCAAGGAAGCUCCGAGACGGCGUAUGAGCCAGGUACCGAGGAGGACGCGCGGAGAAAACGCGAGCGCCGGGUCGUUCAGGAGGGCACGGCGUUGUGGAGACGUCGGAAGGAGGAGCUGCAACGUCAGAAGCAUCGUGAACAACGUGAACUGCAGGAAAUUCUGGCCGGUUACUCGCCGUGGGGAAAGCCAGGUGGUGGCGCGCCCUGCCCGGCCACUCUAAGGAAGAAAAACGUACCUCUGGAGCCGCUCGAGUUGCCACCGAGGCCGAGGUGUUACAGUUUCGGUCAGGGUUGGACGAGCAACUCGGUGAUCGACAGAUUACACAAAAGGAACGCAGAUCCGACGGCAGUUGCGGACGUGAAUAAAUUCUACGAUGACAGGGCGACGCCAGGCAUCGCAUCGGAAACACAACCGCUGCGGGAUCCGAGGAAUCUCUACAAGGAGGAAAUUCAGGUGUACGAGUUAACGGGUGGUGUCGAAUUGGUGCCUUUGUUAACCAGCCGGCGCUAUCAGCCGCAUCCGCCGACCACGCGCUAUCUCGUCACGGAUGCCACUCGUCCGGGAUACACGAUAGAAUCGCUUCGCGCCCUCGGCGUCGGAGAUCGGGAAUACAUCGCGGAUCUCGCCGAGCAGAUACGACGUAAACGGAACAGGGCGCUGGAGGAACGACGGAUCGAACAGGAGAGUUGUCGCAAACACUUCGAUACUUGGAAAAGGCUGUGGGGUAGACCGGGCCACGGCGCCCCCAUAGAUCACGUGCAACGGAACAAUCUCUACAACAUCCUCCACCGCCCGGCUAUCUAUUGAAUUUUUCCCGUAAAGCAUUUCGCCCGCGAGGAAGCGUAAAAGCAAAGGGGACUUCGUCUCUGUAAAGCCGCUUUUUAUUCUACGGAUUGAAGAAGGAAAAGGGGACUGUUAGACGUCGGUGGUGCAACACGCGCUGAUCGAUAUAGGAUCGCCCGCGCGAGAACGGCGGUCGAGCUCAGCGCAAAAGUGCUUUUCUAAU